GACCGUCGCAGUAACUGCAUAAUAAUGUACUGAAAGGAAAAUUUGCAGCAAAAAAAAAAAAAUAUGGAAACUUUUAUCAAAAUAGGGGAAUAAAAGUAUUUUCAAAAUUAAAUGGAAAUUUAUUAAAAAAAAAAUGUUACUACAAAAAGUGAUUGUAAAUUGUUUCGGUAUAAAUGUUACAUACAGAAAUUGGCGUGCGACAAAAAAUUAAGGAGAAAGAAAAUUUUUACUUAUCUGAUCAACAAUGGCAGCUGGUAUCAGUAACGAAGCCUUUAACGAGGAGUACGACAUUGAUGGCAUUAAUUCUGCGACAAAAUUUCAGACACAGAUGUCGAAAGAAGAGAAAACGGAAUUAGAUGAGAACGAUGGAGUUUUUGAUAAAGCGAAAACUGGAUUAGAAGUGUUUAUUGAAACGCAUAAAAAAACAUUAAAAAUAUGUGGCUAUUUGUUACUUAAUCUCGUAGUCGUAUCGUACGUGGCCUUCGCGGGGAUUUACUGGCACAAUAACACAACGAAUUGUGAUUUUGAGUUCUGUAAUGGAUUUGGCAUGCUUCUUAUAAUCAUUGUGAUAAUCUACUCUAGUUUUUUGUAUUACUCUCUAUUAAGAAAGCACUUGAUAAAAUUGAUUUGCUCUGGAUUAUCGCCAUUCAAUACAAGUUUGAAGACUAGUCGUCAUAAACGUUACCUUCAUACCUACGGACAGACAUUAAUUUAUUUUGCCAUUUUACUACUAAUAAUAGUAUUUUUAAUUUUCGACACCGCUGGUGCUCGAGAGAGAUGGAUAAGUUUCGGUGGUAUUUUACUUAUCGUCACGUUUGGUUGGAUUUUUUCCAAACAUCCAAAUAGAGUAAAUUGGAAAUCCGUGGCUUCUGGAUUAAUAAUUCAAAUUUUGUUUGGAUUAUUUACAAUAAGAUGGUCUGUUGGACGAGCAAUAUUUCAAUGUAUUUCAAAUAAAGUGGAAACAUUUUUAAAUUUCGUUAAAGUUGGUGCUAAAUUUGCAUAUUCGGAUUUAUUAGUCGACAGUGGAACUUUUGUAUUUGCGGCGCUGCCAGCAAUAUUUUUCUUUGGAUUUAUAAUUCAAAUGUUGUAUCACAGUGGUAUUUUGCAAAAAGUAAUUUUAAAAUUAGGAUGGCUACUUCAAACACUUGUGGGAACGACUGCAUGUGAGUCUAUGAAUGCAGCAGGAAAUACAUUCUUGGGAAUGACAGAAUCCAUUUUACUUAUAAAACCCUACAUGAAUUCUUUGACUAAAUCAGAAAUUCAUACCAUAAUGUGUUCAGGCUUUGCUUCCGUUUCCGGAACAACUCUAGCUGCCUAUAUAGGAUUUGGAGCAACACCUUCAAAUUUAAUAACAGCUACUUUAAUGGCCGCGCCGGCAUCUCUUGCCUUUUCGAAAUUAUUUUAUCCGGAAACAGAAAAGAGUCAAACUAGUUUUAAAGAAUUACCAGAUUAUAAAUCGGAAGAUGCAAGUUUACUGGACGCUGGUAUUAGAGGAGCACUCAAUGGAAUACCAAUAGUUUUAGGAAUAACCGCCAAUAUUAUAGCAUUCACAUCAUUUGUAGCAUUUUUAAACGCUCUACUCUCAUGGAUUGGUGGACUCGUUGGCUACAGUGAAAUGACCUUCGAGUUUCUUUUGUCGCGAACUUUCAUGCCAUUAAGUUGGAUUAUGGGAGUUCCAUGGGAGAGUUGCGGUGACGUUGGCAAUUUAAUAGGCCUUAAAGUAGCUGUAAAUGAAUUUGUAGCUUAUCAAAAAUUAGGCGAAUACAAAUUAGAGGGUAAAUUGUCCCCAAGAACUGAGGCGAUCGCAACUUUUGCAAUUUGUGGAUUUUCAAAUCCCGCUUCACUGGGAAUACUCUCUGGUGCUCUUAUAACAAUGAUGCCUGACAAAAGAUCACAAGUCACUGCUGUUGCCAUUAGAGCAGCAAUUGCCGGAAGUAUCGUUUGUUUUUUGACUGCAUGCACCGCAGGCAUGCUAAUGGAUGACAGUUUUUAUUCUCCCCAUUCAAAUGGAACAAUACCAACAACAAACUAGAAGUAAAAUUAUUAAUUUGUAUAUAUAUUUUUUUCUUUUUAGAAUAAGGCAUUUGACACCACAACAUAAUAGAUUUAUACACUAGAAUUGCACUAAAAUACAUUCAGUCGUAACAAA